CAUUCAAUUUCUACCUGGUUCCCGAGUGUAUAUCUCUCAUCCACCGCCAUCAUGUUGUUCGAAGACCUUGCGACCGAGCUGAUUUCUCACAUCUACCUCUCCUGUACUUCAGUCACUGAUGUCCUCACCCUAUCAUCUACCUGCCGCCGCUUCCGUCGUAUCUACUCUUCGUCCCAAAAGCUCAGCAUCCUUGAAAACGCCGCCGAAGCCCAGUUCGGUCCACUCGAAGACGUCACUCAACUCCUGACACACAAUGCCAGUCAGCCAGCGCAUAUCUUUCGCCAUGUCCCCUUUUCUAUUGCUCUACUCAAGCAGAUUGUCCGCGCUGGACGUACUGCUGAGAAAUGGUGCCACAUGUACCCAUUCAAGAAAUGGAAAUACAAUUACGAGCAGAGACGGCUCAUCACGAGCGAGGAACAGUAUCGAAUGCGACGAGCUAUCUACCGGCUUUGGCUCUACUCGCGCGCGUUCCAUACUCGUGAGUACCCCCGCGAGAUCCGCGCGUCGAAGCUAGUAGUACAAAAGCGUGCUGGCUUGCUUCACAAUUGGAGUACAUCAGAGCUCGCCGAAAUCGCCGACGUCCAUAAUGUACUUCGCGAAGUGGUGCAUAGCAAUAUCUGCCCAUCUAACGGAACUAUUGCGCGCAAAUUCAAGAAACGCUACCCAGACAAUGAGCACUCCUUGCUGUUCAAUAUCCAUCUGAACUACCCCCCAGCAUGCCAAUCGCCGCCAGUAUACAAUCCUUUUACGGCCCACUACCAUACCAAUUCCAACUCGCUUUCGUCUCAUUUUCACAGUACCCAGACUUACAAUACGCGCAAUGCCGCCUCCAAGUACAACCUUCACCCUAACCACGAGGUAGGUGCAGAAGGGUGGGGCGAUGACAUCCCACACUACUACGUAGUAGAGGACAUGUUGAAGCUUGAUCCGGAACAGAUUAUGUGGCUCAAGGAAAACGCACCACUCAAGGGCAUGGUGGAAGGGUACGUUCGCGGUUUGGGAGACUGGUUUGAGAACAACGGAGAAACAUGGGGGCAGACGCUUGAAUGGGUCCUGGUUGAACGGGGCGAGGACAUUUCGGAGUUCAUGAGCGCGCUUGCGGCGGGAGAUGUGGGGAUCGCUGUAUAAUGGCUGUGUAUGUGCAAGGGGUAGAAACUCGCUAUGGUCUUGGAGUUGAAAUGUCGAUAGCUAGGUAUGAAUAGAAUGAUCUUGGACAAAAGUGGUUGCAGUACCAAGUGACAGCCACAGCUUGUUUGGCGAAGGCAACAUUUGAAAGUAUGUUGGUGGCAUUGAAACAGGGCCUGUCGCGAAAUCCAGCCACACCCAGGGAAACAUGUUGAUCACUUGCUUACAAGCGAAUAUCAAUCAUAUUGCGAUGAAAACAUACAAAAAGAAGUGGACAUUCAAACACAGUCUCAUCGCAUACGGCAACGAUCUACUCGCCUCUCUCACGUCUCUGUUUCAUCACCCAGAGAAUCACAAAGUAAGCACAAGCUGAGAUGGAUCAGGAGUCCUCUCUUGAGUCCUCUCCACAGGAUCUAUUUGACCAUUCUCCUCUUUUCGUUCCGUUGGGUGGCACGGUGUAGAGUGCCCCGAGAUGCCCGAGGCCCCUUACAAUUUAAGGAUACGGCGGGCGCGGGUUUUGGGUGGCUUAGCUGGCUAGCUGAGGGUUUGGCGUGCGACGGAACCAGUGGGAAACAUGUCAGCAUGUCAUUUAGCUUC